AUUAUAACGCAUGUACGAGUAAUUGCAUUAAAGAAUAAUCAUAUGGAUGAUCGUGAUGAAACAUUAUUUGUAUUCACUCAUAACGCCUCUACGCAAGGAGAUUUCGACGAAUGUAUAAAAAAGUGUGAAAAUGGUAGUGGUCUUGGUGAGGGAUCAUGUAUGAGUGACUGUGGGGCUGUCACCAACCACGAUGAAGUUUGUGAAACCGCUUGCGGUGGAAAUAAUGGAGGCCUAUUUCCACUUU